CUACUCUUUAACGCCACCUUUCUUUCUGUUAAUUUUGGUCAAAAACUCUCUCUCUCUCUGUAAAAUUACACAUCAAUUUUCAGAAUCGAAUAGAACUCGUAAACCCUUGUUUGUUGAGUAAUUGCAAUGGGGAGAAGCAAGAGAGGCGAUACAUUUACAGGGAUGACUCUCCAUCCAGUACCACCAGAUGAAUCAGGCGAAGGAUUACCAUAUGCUCCUGAGAAUUGGCCACAACAAGGUGACAUCUGGGGAUGGAAAACUGGUAAAAGACUUCAUAACAAUGGAUGCUUUCAAGAUCGUUAUCUUUACUCACCGUCCCGAUUGAGUACUCAGAAAGGUGGAUCCAGUCGCAAACAUCGCCAUAUCUUUGCUAGCAAGCUCUCUGUUGAACGAUACAUCAAAGCCACUUUUCCUGAUUCUGAUAUUGAUGCCUUCUUUUCUUCUUUCUCAUGGAGGAUUCCUUCUCUCAAUGCUUCCAACGGAUGCAAUAUGGUGCCGAUAGCUGCGGUACCUCUUCAACAGAUACCGUUGAUAAUAGAAUCAGACUCUGAUGACAGCAAGACCGAUGUUGUUAGGUGCAAAGCCAGAAAUAAAAAGUGCGACAGUCUGAAGUUGGACGUAGUAGAAAAACAUUCGCCGGCCAUGCCUUGUGAUAUAUGUUGUUCUGAGUCUGGAUUUUGUCGUGACUGUUCCUGCAUUCUUUGUUGCAAAACAGUUAAUUCUACUCUUGGUGGGUACAGUUAUAUCAAGUGUGGCGUAAAUGUCGGUGAGGGAAUAUGCGGCCAUGUUGCCCAUGUGGAAUGCGCACUUCGAUCUCUCUUGGCUGGCACGGUUGGGAAAAGUUUUGGAUUAGAUACUGAGUAUCAUUGUCGGCGAUGUGAUGGAAGGACCGACCUCGUCUCUCACGUUGAAAGGCUUGUUGAAAUAUGCAAAGCUGUUGACUUGAACGAUGAGAUUAAGAAGAAAGUUUUAGACCUUGGUGCUUGUCUCUUGCGUGGUUCAAAGAAACCCGUUGCGAAGGAGCUAUUCAAUCGUGUUGAACUGGCCAUCGCAAAGCUAAAAUGUGUGUCCAAUGGUGAAGAUAUCAAGAUGGAUGAUGACAAUCAUAUGGUUCAUUCUGAAGGCUUACCAGAUCAUGGCACUGAUCCAAUGGAAGUAACUAUGAAUGGAAGCCCUUCAAAUGUUAGAUUGAAGGAGGAAGCUUAUGAUUAUCGUUCACAUUCAUUGAAAUUUGAGGCUGACAUUGAUGACGUCAUGGAGACUCUGAGAAAGUCGCAAGAGCUGGAAUGUAAGGUGGUGGAAGAAAGACUCCGUGCACAACAGAUUUAUUUGCAGGGUUUGUAUGACCAAAUCGACCGUGAAAUGGCUGAAUUGGAAUGCCCGAACUUAACUCAUUCAGAGCCCUUGUUCCGUGCUAUCAGAGAAAGGAAAGAACAGAUAAGACAAGAAUUGGCGAAGUAUGAAGAUAUGAAAAAGGUGGCCAGUGGUUUUAGUAGGACAUCAAACGAUAUUUCAAAGGAAAUUUUCAAUAAUUAAAACUCGUGUUGGAUUAGCUUUAUAGAAAUUUUUCAAUAAUUAAAUCCAGUUUAUAUGAUUCUUCAGCUACUCAAAAGUUUUAAAAAACUUGUACUUGUUUUCAUAGAAGUGGUAAAUUGAAAAGAUCGACAUACAAAAUUUAAUUUUAAUUUCUGCAA